AUGAGUCAAAAGAGCUGCAACAACAACCGUCGGGCGAAUCCCGCAAAGGUAUACGAGGCGUUGCAUAAGAAGCGCGCGGCCGAGUGCGAAGCUAGAGAGCAAUGGGCCGGUGUGACCCAGUACUUCAAGACUUGGGAGAACAACUCGAACAAGUUCACCAAUUGGACUUCUCCUCAAUACUACAAAAAAAGUUCCGAGCUACAAUUGGAAAUGCGAAGACGAGAACAGCGAAAACUCGAGGAAGAAGAAGAAGAAUUGCAAAAGUGGCGCAAAAAAUUACGGGACAGACAGCUCGAGGACGAGGAAUUUAAGAAAGGACAAAUGAAAAAGAAACCUGUACCACUGUCGAGGCCGAAUUCAGCCGGGCAAAAAACACCUAGCGAAGAAAUGGCCAUGGAAUUGAAACGAAAACACGACGCAGUUACAGACAGGGAGAUUGAGUUGAGACUUCACGUGCGAUCCAAAUCGUGCGAUCCCAAACAGGCCAAACAGUACGAAAUGCGAGAACGUGAGCGGUCGUCAGAGUCUUCGUGGGACGACCGGAUGGAGGAGAAAAAGUCGGCGGACCAAAAACGGCGAGAACGAUCGGAACACGAACAGCGGUUGAGCGAGGAACGGUCGGCAGCUGAUCGAUUUGCCGAAGUGGAAAAACACCGGACACGACAGGAUCGGGCGGCUCAGUUAAAAGACGAGCUCAUUGGUAGCGUGGCCGAAUUAAAAAACCGUUCUGACCGAUGUGACGAGCUCAAGAGAUUGGAGUCUGCAUACUUGUCUUUGCAAGACCAGGUAGAAGACGAAGUGCGUAAAAACGAGCAGUUGGAACGGAAAAAGGUGCAAAGCUUGUCCAGGGCCAAAGCGCUCCGCCAGUAUUUGACCACAUUGAAGCAGAGGUCCAAGGAGGUGGUUGAGUUUUUACGAGAAGACCGCAAGCUUUUAGACGACUUGGUAUUGACUGUGCGUCGCUCAAACGCCUCGGCAUCUGUGAAUCUGGGCAACAUGGUAGACAAGCUCAGAGACAUGUACGACCGGUACGAGGAGGAUGAGAGCCAGCGACUGUACUUGAUGGACUUUAUGUUUGAAGAGGAAGCUCGAAACAUGUGGCGAUCACAAGAGGAACGCUGGCGGAGAGAACAUGCGUUACGCAAGACCGGAAUGGAUGACCUGUUCAUUGCGAUAAAAUCCCAAAGUCAGCUGAGUUCUACUGAACAGCAUCCAGACUACUAUGGCAGUGACGACAACAACAAUGAAGGUGUACGAUCAUCGGAUUCCACAGACUAUAGACAAUUUGAAAAGACCGCGUUGAAGGUAAUGGAUCGUGAACAAAAAUUGAUGGUAGAAAUGGCUCGAAUGAAUUUGUUGAAUGAUCCCAAAUUAACAGACUACAGAAGAAAGAAAUCAGUUUGGUAA